CCUAACCCAAUCUAUGACAUAAAGUUUCACACAACCUCGUUACCACAAAAACCUUAAACCUUACAAAAAAAAAAACAUGGAAAACUACUCUGUUUCUUCUCUCUCCCAACAUUUCCCUCCAAACCAUAAACCCAACAAAAUCUUCAAUUUCAAACCUUCUUCAUCAUUCAAAACAACCCAUCAAAGAAAAAAACCCAAAUUCACAAUCCCCAACAAGAACAACAACAAAAACAACAACGUUAAAAAACCAUUUUCAGAAGAAGAUGCAUUCCCAUGUUCCUUACCACUUCACAACAAAAACCCAAUUUCCAUUUACAAAGACAUCAAAAACUUCGCACGUCAAAACAAACUCAAUGAAGCUCUCGCCAUUUUGGAUUACGUUGACCAAAAUGGUAUUCCAGUCAACGCCACAACUUUCUCUUCACUCAUUGCUGCUUGUAUCCGGACAAAUUCACUUUCAAUAGGAAAACAAAUUCAUACCCAUAUCCGAAUCAACGGCCUCGAGAAAAAUACGUUUUUGCUUACAAAAUUAGUUCAAAUGUAUACUUCUUGUGGUUCAUUAGAAGAUGCAUUGAAGCUGUUUGAUGAAUUGCCGGACGAGAGUAGUGUGUAUCCGUGGAAUGCUUUGUUGAGAGGGACUGUGGUUUUUGGUGGUAGGAAAAAGCAGUAUAUUGAUGUGGUUAAGACUUAUUCGAAAAUGAGGGAAUUAGGGGUUGAGUUGAAUGUUUAUAGUUUUUCGAGUGUUAUUAAGAGUUUUGCGGCCGCACCCGCGUUUUAUCAAGGGUUGAAGACUCAUGCACUUUUGAUUAAGAAUGGUUUGGUUGAUAGUGAUAUUCUUAGAACUUGUUUGAUUGAUUUGUAUUUUAAGUGUGGGAAGGUUAAGCUUGCACGUCGUGUGUUUGAGGAGAUUCCGGAGAGGGAGAGGGAUGUUGUUGUUUGGGGAACUAUGUUGUCUGGUUUUUCGCAUAAUAGGUUGCAGAGGGAAGUGUUGGAGUAUGUGAAGUGGAUGGUGGAGGAAGGGAUAUAUCCGAAUUCGGUUAUAAUGACGAUUGUUCUUCCUGUCAUUGGUGAAGUUUGUAAAAGGAGGUUAGGUCAGGAGGUUCAUGCUUUUGUAUUGAAAACGAAAUCAUAUGCGGAGAAAGUGCCAGUUCAAUCUGCUUUGAUUGAUAUGUAUUGCAAGUGCGGGGAUUUAAGUUCGGCGAGGGCUGUUUUUUAUAGCUCGCCGGAGAGAAAUGUAGUUUGUUGGACAGCUCUUAUGUCAGGCUAUGCUUCGGUUGGCAGACUAGAGCAGGCGCUGAGGGCCGUAAUUUGGAUGCAGCAAGAAGGGUUUAGGCCUGAUGUUGUGACAGUUGCAACUGUUCUUCCAAUCUGUGCUCAGUUGAGGGCUUUGGAACAAGGGAAACAGAUUCAUGCUUAUGCAUUAAAACAUUGGUUUCUGCCUAACGUGUCUCUGUCUUCUUCGUUGGUGGUAAUGUAUUCAAAAUGCGGCGUGGUUGAAUAUUCUACAAGGUUGUUCGGCGAUAUGGAGCAAAGGAACGUGAUUUCAUGGACAGCCAUGAUCGAUUCGUACAUAGAAAAUGGACAUCUGUAUGAAGCACUUGGUGUGAUAAGGUCAAUGCAGUUGUCAAAACAUCGACCGGACUCAGUUGCCAUGUCAAGGAUGUUGAGUGUUUGUGGUGAGCUAAAGCUUUUAAAACACGGGAAGGAGAUUCAUGGUCAGAUCUUGAAAAGGGAUUUUACAUCAGUCCAUUUUGUUUCUGCAGAACUUAUCAAUAUGUAUGGGGCAUUGGGGGAUGUUGACAAGGCAAAUUUGGUGUUUAGUGCAGUACCUGUGAAAGGUUCAAUGACAUGGACUGCUCUUAUAAGGGCCUACGAAUAUAAUGAACUUUAUCAGGGUGCAAUUGACCUGUUUGAUCAGAUGAGAUCAGAUAGAUUUUCUCCAAACCCUUUCACAUUUGAAGUCAUUUUAUCUGUAUGCGAAAGAGCUGGAUUUGUCAAUGAUGCAAGUAAAAUCUUCAACCUAAUGCCUAAAUAUAAAAUUGAAGCAUCUAAGGAACAUUUUGCUAUAAUGGUCCGACUUCUUACUCGAUAUGGUCAACUAGAGAAAGCUCAGAGAUUUGCACAAAUGAGUUCUUUUUUGUAGUAAAGACAAGACCGGCAUUUUCCUUUUGAAUGGUUUAUAGAUUGUCAAACGUUCCUGAACUCGCAUGUAACUUUUGGUUUACAAAAUUUUAGUAAUUUAUUUGUAAUUUGUAAUCAUUCUUUUGGUAAAAUAAUCCAUAAAUCAGAUUUUCCAUGAGUGGUUGCUGAA